AUGGCAACCGCCCACUACGUUUGUUCCAGGACGUCCUUCCGGAACCGCGCCAGGAACGCCAUUACGUCCUGGUCAAGUACCCACCCAGGACAAGUACCCCGUCAACCCGGUGCGUUAUUACCUGGACAAGUUAGUGGGCAACCUGGCAUUACAAAACCGCCUGGUCAGAUACCAGGGCAGCCUGGUUGGCAAUAUCCCGGACAAGCAGGAAUACAAUUACCAGGGCAAGUAGGAGCUCAACCCGGAGCUCAAUAUCCAGGGCAGGUGGGAGGUGUAGGCCCACCAGGUCAACAAUUUGCUGGACAACCUGGUGCACAGUAUCCAGGUCAAGCGGGAGCACAAUAUCCAGGCCAAGUACCCGGUCAAGCAGGAGCGCAAUAUCCAGGCCAAGUUCCCGGUCAACCAGGUGCACAAUAUCCAGGCCAAGUACCCGGCCAAGCAGGAGCACAAUAUUCAGGACAAGUUUCCGGUCAAGCCGGAGCUCAGUAUCCUGGACAAGUACCCGGUCAAGCCGGAGCUCAGUAUCCUGGGCAAGUUCCCGGUCAAGCCGGAGCACAAUAUCCAGGCCAGGUACCCGGUCAAGCAGGAGCACAAUAUCCAGGACAUGUUCCCGGUCAAGCAGGAGCGCAAUACCCAGGACAAGUUCCCGGUCAAGCAGGAGCGCAAUACCCAGGACAGUUCCGGUCAAGCAGGAGCGCAAUACCCAGGACAAGUUCCCGGUCAAGCUGGAGCACAAUAUCCAGGCCAAGUACCGGUCAAGCAGGGGCACAAUAUCCAGGCAAGUACCACGGUCAAGCAGGAGCACAAUAUCCAGGCCAAGUCCCCGGUCAAGCCGGAGCUCAGUAUCCUGGGCAAGUACCCGGUCAAGCAGGGUCACAAUAUCCAGGCCAAGUACCCGGUCAAGCAGAAACAAAAUAUCCAGGCCAAGUACCCGGCCAAGCUGGAGCACAAUAUCCAGGCCAAGUACCCGGUCAAGCAGGGGCACAAUAUCCAGGCCAAGUACCCGGUCAAGCAGGAGCACAAUAUCCAGGCCAAGUCCCCGGUCAAGCCGGAGCUCAGUAUCCUGGGCAAGUACCCGGUCAAGCAGGAGCACAAUAUCCAGGCCAAGUACCCGGUCAAGCAGAAACAAAAUAUCCAGGCCAAGAACCCGGCCAAGCUGGAGCACAAUAUCCAGGCCAAGUACCCGGCCAAGCUGGAGCACAAUAUCCAGGCCAAGUUUCCGGCCAAGCCGGAGCUCAGUAUCCUGGGCAAUUACCCGGUCAAGCAGGGGCACAAUAUUCAGGCCAAGUACCCGGUCAAGCAGAAGCACGAUAUCCAGGCCAAGUACCCGGUCAAGCAGGAACACAAUAUCCAGGCCAAGUACCCGGCCAAGGCUGGAGCACAAUAUCAGGUCAAGUACCCGGCCAAGCUGGAGCACAAUAUCCAGGUCAAGUACCCGGUCAAGCAGGAGCACAAUAUCCAGGCCAAGCGGAAGCUCAGUAUCCUGGGCAAGUACCCGGUCAAGCAGGGCACAAUCCAGGACAAGUACCCGGUCAAGCAGGAGCACGAUAUCCAGGCCAAUUAAAAGAAAUAGCAGGUUCAAGAAUCGUCGACUUCUGCCUCGGUUUCGAAACUUAUUUGUUGCAAGAAGAAAAACCAACUUUCGGUAUUGAAAAUGCUGAUCAACACGCCAGUGAUAAAGAAGAUUUAGUGGGAAACACUAAUGCUUUAACAAAAUUAGAAGGCAGGACUGAUACACAAAAUUCUGCAUUGAAAACUAAUGCUCCAAUCAGACAGAAGAGAGAAGCUGAUGCACAAAGUGGACGUCGAGGAAGAUUUCGUGGCCAAACUCAAGCCCAAUAUUUAAAUUUCGGCGGUGCUGGUUCUCCUGAUAAAGAUGGUAAAGCAGAAGCCGAAGCACUGGAUGGCGGAGGCAGCAGGGCAGUUGUCUCUGGAAGUAAUGGCAUGGGACAAGCUCAAAGUCAAUCUAGUGCGGGAAGCUGCGCAGACUGUGUUGGGUACGAUGGCUACUACAGAGGUUACCCUGGAGCAUAUCCAGGACUACCAGGCACGGAAGUACUAGCGCAAUAUGGCAGACCAGGCCAUGCAGCACCACCAGGAGUGAGUGUCGAUAAAGAUACUAGGCCAAGACCGGGACUACCGGAUCGUCUAACAGGUCCAGAUGGAUGGCAACCGCCCACUACGUUUGUUCCAGGACGUCCUUCCGGAACCGCGCCAGGAACGCCAUUACGUCCUGGUCAAGUACCCAGCCCAGGACAAGUACCCCGUCAACCCGGUGCGUUAUUACCUGGACAAGUUAGUGGGCAACCUGGCAUUACAAAACCGCCUGGUCAGAUACCAGGGCAGCCUGGUUGGCAAUAUCCCGGACAAGCAGGAAUACAAUUACCAGGGCAAGUAGGAGCUCAACCCGGAGCUCAAUAUCCAGGGCAGGUGGGAGGUGUAGGCCCAACCAGUCAACAAUUUGCUGGACAACCUGGUGCACAGUAUCCAGGUCAAGCGGGAGCACAAUAUCCAGGCCAAGUACCCGGUCAAGCAGGAGCACAAUAUCCAGGCCAAGUUCCCGGUCAACCAGGUGCACAAUAUCCAGGCCAAGUACCCGGCCAAGCAGGAGCACAAUAUUCAGGACAAGUUUCCGGUCAAGCCGGAGCUCAGUAUCCUGGACAAGUACCCGGUCAAGCCGGAGCUCAGUAUCCUGGGCAAGUUCCCGGUCAAGCCGGAGCACAAUAUCCAGGCCAGGUACCCGGUCAAGCAGGAGCACAAUAUCCAGGACAUGUUCCCGGUCAAGCAGGAGCGCAAUACCCAGGACAAGUUCCCGGUCAAGCAGGAGCGCAAUACCCAGGACAAGUUCCCGGUCAAGCAGGAGCGCAAUACCCAGGACAAGUUCCCGGUCAAGCUGGAGCACAAUAUCCAGGCCAAGUACCCGGUCAAGCAGGGGCACAAUAUCCAGGCCAAGUACCCGGUCAAGCAGGAGCACAAUAUCCAGGCCAAGUCCCCGGUCAAGCCGGAGCUCAGUAUCCUGGGCAAGUACCCGGUCAAGCAGGGUCACAAUAUCCAGGCCAAGUACCCGGUCAAGCAGAAACAAAAUAUCCAGGCCAAGUACCCGGCCAAGCUGGAGCACAAUAUCCAGGCCAAGUACCCGGUCAAGCAGGAGCACAAUAUCCAGGCCAAGUACCCGGUCAAGCAGGAGCACAAUAUCCAGGCCAAGUUCCCGGUCAAGCCGGAGCUCAGUAUCCUGGGCAAGUACCCGGUCAAGCAGGAGCACAAUAUCCAGGCCAAGUACCCGGUCAAGCAGAAACAAAAUAUCCAGGCCAAGAACCCGGCCAAGCUGGAGCACAAUAUCCAGGCCAAGUACCCGGCCAAGCUGGAGCACAAUAUCCAGGCCAAGUUUCCGGCCAAGCCGGAGCUCAGUAUCCUGGGCAAUUACCCGGUCAAGCAGGGGCACAAUAUUCAGGCCAAGUACCCGGUCAAGCAGAAGCACGAUAUCCAGGCCAAGUACCCGGUCAAGCAGGAACAAAAUAUCCAGGCCAAGUACCCGGCCAAGCUGGAGCACAAUAUCCAGGUCAAGUACCCGGCCAAGCUGGAGCACAAUAUCCAGGUCAAGUACCCGGUCAAGCAGGAGCACAAUAUCCAGGCCAAGCGGAAGCUCAGUAUCCUGGGCAAGUACCCGGUCAAGCAGGGGCACAAUAUCCAGGACAAGUACCCGGUCAAGCAGGAGCACGAUAUCCAGGCCAAGUACCCGGUCAAACCGGAGCUCAGUAUCCUGGGCAAGUACCCGGUCAAGCCGGAGCACAAUAUCCAGGCCAAGUACCCGGUCAAGCAGGGACCCAAUAUCCGGGCCGAGUACCCGGUCAAGCAGGAACACAAUAUCCAGGCCAAGUACCCGGCCAAGCAGGAGCACAAUACCCAGGCCAAGUACCCGGUCAAGCAGGAGCACAAUACCCAGGCCAAGUACCCGGUCAAGCAGGAGCACAGUACCCAGGCCAAGUACCCGGUCAAGCAGGAGCGCAAUACCCAGGCCAAGUACCCGGUCAAGCAGGAGCACAAUACCCAGGCCAAGUACCCGGUCAAGCGGGAGCACAAUAUCCAGGGCCAAGUACCCGAUCAAGCCGGAGCUCAGUAUCCAGGGCAAGUCCCGGUCAAGCAGGAGCACAAUAUCCAGGCCAAGUACCCGGUCAAGCAGGAGCACAAUAUCCAGUCCAAGUACCCGGUCAAGCAGGAGCACAAUAUCCAGGCCAAGUACCCGGUCAAGCAGGAGCACAAUAUCCAGGCCAAGUACCCGGUCAAGCAGGAGCACAAUAUCCAGGCCAAGUACCCGGUCAAGCAGGAGCGCAAUAUCCAGGCCAAGUGCCCGGUCAAGCAGGAGCGCAAUAUCCAGGCCAAGUGCCCGAUCAAGCAGGAGCGCAAUAUCCAGGCCAAGUACCCGGUCAAGCUGGAGCACGAUAUCCAGGACAAGUUCCCGGUCAAGCUGGAGCACGAUAUCCAGGACAAGUUCCCAGUCAAACAGGAGCACAAUAUCCAGGACAAGUUCCCGGUCAAGCCGGAGCUCAGUAUCCUGGGCAAGUACCCGGUCAAACAGGAGCACAAUAUCCAGGACAAGUUCCCGGUCAAACAGGAACACAAUACAUAGGGCAAGUACCGGGUCAAGCCGGAACACAGUAUCCAGGUCAAGUAAAAGAAACUAGUAUUUCUAAAGUACCUGGAGAUGCAGCGGGUCAAUCUGGAAUACAAUAUCCCCCAGAUGUAUCUGGAUUACCAACGGCAAAAUAUCCCGGACAAGUGGUUGAUCAAUCAGGAGUACAAUUCUCGGAAAAAACUACAGGACAGAUGAGCAAGCAAUACAAUGGACAAGUAACAUAUCCUGCACAACUGCCAGGUCAAACCAGCGCUCAAUACCCAGGACAAACUGCAACACAAUAUCCCGGUCAACUACCAGGACAAACUGCAACACAAUAUCCCGGUCAACUACCAGGACAACCUGGAAUUCAAUACCCAGGUCAAUUACCUGGACAACCGGACGGUAUUAUUCCAGGACAACCUGGCGCUCAAUACCCAGGUAAAUUACCAGAACAAACAGGCGUUUCAUAUCCAGGUCAAUUACCAGGCCAACCCGGCGCUCAAAUUCCAGGACAACCAGCAGUUCAAUACCCAGUUCAAAUACCAGGACAACUUGGCAUACAAUUUCCAGGUCAAUUACCGGGACAACCCGGCGCUCAAUACCCAGGCCAAUUACCAGGACAGCCCGGCGUUCAAUACCCGGGUCAAUUACCUGGGCAGCCCGGAGUUCAAUACCCGGGUCAAUUACCUGGGCAGCCCGGAGUUCAAUACCCAGGUCAAUUACCUGGGCAGCCCGGAGUUCAAUACCCGGGUCAAUUACCUGGGCAGCCCGGAGUUCAAUACCCGGGUCAAUUACCUGGGCAGCCCGGAGUUCAAUACCCGGGUCAAUUACCUGGGCAGCCCGGAGUUCAAUACCCGGGUCAAUUACCUGGGCAGCCCGGAGUUCAAUACCCAGGUCAAUUCCCAGGACAGCCCGGCGCUCAAUUACCAGGACAGCCCGGCUCUCAAUACCCAGGUCAACAACCAGGACAAUCCGGGGCUCAAUACCCUGGUUAUAUACCAGGUCAGCAAGGACAAAAGCCAGGUGAUUUAGUACAAAGAGGCCCGGGACAAGUAAUCAGUUCACAACAAAUAGACAUCACAGGCCACCUUGAUAUUGGUGAUGGUUCUGAUGAAGUUUCUCAAGCUGAAACUUCAGUCCACAGUAUAGAGGGAGGUGAGACACAAGCAGCAGCGUCUGCAACCGGAGGGGCUGCUCAGACACAAGUGAGCGGAACGCACAGCGGAACUGGAUCCUUUACUGCCCAAGCAAGUAUAGCUGACGUUAGCCGAGGUGCAAGUGCCCAAAUACAGGGGAAUGCAAAAGGAGUUACUAGCAGUGCACAGGGUCAUGCUGGUUCUGGCAACGCGCAAGCUCAAGUUGCUACUUCUGCAGACACUGGUGCAACUUCCGCAAGCGGUCAAUCUUCCGGUUGGAACCACGGAACCAACACUUUAGUUCAAGCAGGCGGAAAAGGAGGCAUGGCAGAUGCUCAAGCCGAAGGACCAGGAAGCACAUCGUCACAAGCUCAAAUUGGAUUUAAGCCUGACGAAUCCGCCAGUGGAGAACAGGUGCAAUCGACGCCUUUCCGUGGUGGAGGCACCGCUUCAGCACAAUCUGGACGUAGUACAGGACAAAGUCAGAGUCAAAUUCAAGGGCGAUUCAAUUACGGCAUUAGUUACACAGGCGCGGCGCAAGCCGCUUCGGGCAGCAAGGACGGUGUUCAAGGAUUCAGAAAGCUACCAAAACCUGAAGGAGUGUUUCAAGCUGGAAGUGGAGAAGAAUUAAAUAAAAGAUCUGCCAUUGGUGGAAGCAGUACUACGGCGGAAACACACGAGCAGAAAAAGGUGCUGUCGGGAGUUCAACACGAACACCAACAUGGAAGCACUUCGGGGCUUUCGCAAACUCAACAUAGUGCAAAACCAAUAUUUGGAGAUAGUACUACACCGAAGACAAUGGACAUUGAUGAAAGUUCCGAAUACGAUGACGAAUACGAUGACGAGUAUCCAGAUUCCUCAGUAACCCCAUCAUCAGCCCUUCCUUCAUUCAGAUCAUCGCCAUCAGCAAAUCCUCAACCGACACCAAGUGGAAGUAAAAUAACACAAUCAACGCCGACUCAGACCCAGCACAUCGUGUUAGGUGAGGGCCAAAGGGCAAGAGUUGUUCAAGAACCGAGAGGAACCGUUGUACCGAGUGGCGGAAUAGUUUUUCAACCUGGAGAGACAGUUGGUAAUACUGGAUAUGUAGUUCCGCAAGGAUUUAGAGGAAGACUGGUUUCGGGAGCUGGCAGUUUGGGAAAUACUUUUGCAAGUGGGGGAAAAAAUUCGCAGGCUCAAACAGCAACUUUAGCAACCAGAAGUUCCCAAUCAUCCCAAAACAGCCAGAGCAAUCGUGGUCUCCUAAGAAACGGUUACAAACCGAGUGGUUAUGUUUCGGUAACAAAAUCGGAAUCCGGUAACGUCGAUCGAGAAAAACAGCAACCUUUACCACAACAGAAAGAAGUCAGGAGAAAAACCUAUGAGCAUACAUAUUACACAAAAUCAUCCACAUGUGGAUAUUUCACAUUCUCGUGCAAUAUUGUUUACGGAUCGAAUGGGAGGACCAAAAUUUGUAAACCGAAGAAACAGACGAAUGCUGACGGUACACCAAUCACAUGUUAA